AUGGCGAACCUGAGGACGGCAAUGGACUCAGCCUUCUGGGACUUGAACGUUUCGUCGCCUCAGACCCUUGAGGGCUCCGCCAAGGCCGUUCCCGGCGACCCAUUUCCUCUCGACGGCGCUCGAGCCAGCCGAGCCCUCAGGAUUCAGCAACUCUCUCUUCUGGGAAAUGGGUUCCCUUUGGGUAUUAUACCUUCCUACUCCCCCACUUCUCACAAGGAAUUGGGUUCUUUCUCUCUCCAGUCCCUCUUGCUCAGACCAGCUACCUCUAACUGGUGGCUUGGAUUAAUUGGGCAGUUCCGCCCGAAGAAACUUUUUUCUUCUAUUAAGGCUGAAUUUACUAAUGAUGAGAUGGAGGUCCCUGCAUUCAAAGAUGUGGCGAAGCAUGUCUUCGACAAGUCACUUUAUUCGUUUGGACUAUGCACACAGCUUCUUUUGUCUCCGUCAUCAUCCAUAAAGUUGAGCACAGAAGGGCAUGGUGAGAAAAAAGGACGCCGCAACAAAUUGAUGCUCUUUCACAAGCUUCCUUACCAUGAUAUUACACUUGAGGCUGCAUGGCCUGAACUAUUCGUUGACCAUAAAGGAAAUUACUGGGAUGUGCCUGAGUCAAUUUCCUUAGACAUGUCAUCACUCAUUUCUGAAUCUGGAUUGCGGUACCGCGUUGGUGUACAUAAAAAUAGUGGUCAUCCCCAAGCAGUUAAUUCCAUAGAUGGUGAGGCACCUACUUCUCUAAUGCCUGGAGUGUGUGCAAAGGCUGCCUUUUCUUAUGAAAAAAGCCAAGAUCUUUGGAGGCAAAAGGAGACACAAAAAGACAUCAUGAUACAAAAAGAAAAGGGUUGGUUUUGGCGGCCAUCUUAUGAUGUGCGUCUUAAAGAACCUCAUGCUGCAGUAUCUGGAAUUUUUGGUGGAAGCUGCACAGCCUGGUUUCAGGAUGGGUACAACCCAGUGGCAGUUGAUAUGAGGGGAGACGAGGACAAUUCUAGGAGCAAUAAGAAGAGAAGUCCAUUCAGUGCUGAUUUUUUUGGAUCUCUCUGCUAUAGUUACCAGCACGGGAAAUUUAGAGAGCUCUUUGGUGAUCUGACCAGGAUAGAUGCUCGCCUGGAUAUUUGUUCAGCUUCAGCUUUGGCUAAAAGGGUUAUUAAUGGUUUGAAGAGUUCCUCGGCCAACACUAAUAGUGCAAAAGAUCCGAUGUCCUCCCCUAGGAUCAAUCUAAUCUUUCAGCAGCAGGUGUAUGGGCCGAUCGUCUUUAGAGCGGAUUCCAGAGUUGCGCUCGACCAUCUGCCCGGGAAACAUGGCCCACAUAUUGAGGAUUUCAUAUACAGCUUGAGCUACUCCUUGAGACUUUUACGAUCAGGGAAGGUCGUUGCUUGGUAUUCCCCAAAAAGAAAAGAAGGGAUGAUUGAGUUGCGCUUAUUUGAGUUUUAACUCCUGAUUUUCAUUUACAAUUGGAUAUGCAUGUUUUGAUAUGUAUCGCUUUUACGUAAUUUAGCUAGACAGUAGAAAGCGAAAAGGAUUCCGGUUCCAGCUGUAUUACAAAGAUUUGAGUAAUACUGUGUUUAUUGAUCAAAGGGAACAGUUUGUCAUCGGCGAGCAAGCAA